AUGCCUCAGGAAGAAUCGAAGCCCGUGGAUGCGCCUGCCAAUCAGGACGCCCUGAACAAUGCCGUCUCGGAGCUAAAAGUGUCGGAAGACCAGACCAAGACCGACGAGCAGCAGGCUGCAGAGUCGAGUGGAGACGACAAGGCCGACUCGACACAAUCUGGCGCAAAGAAGUCCAAGAAGACAAAGAUCAAGGAAGCUCUCUCCGGCAUCGCCUCAUCGUCCAAAUCGCCAGCCGCACCCACCUCGACCGAAGACCCUCUACCCGCCUCGACAAUCGACAAGCUGUCCGACUCGCAGAUCAAUGCCCUGGUACAACAAAACCCCGCGCUGGCCCAGGCCAUGCUCAAGGGCAACUCAAGCCUUGACGCCCGCAGUAUGCGCGAACUUCUCAAGUCAGUGAGCGCUGCCGACCUCAUGACCGGUAUGAGCUCGGGAAAGAAUGCAAAGGACAUGGCCAACUACAAGUUCUGGGCUACCCAGCCCGUCCCUCGCUUCGACGACAAGGCCGCUGCAGACAAGAAGAUUGUCGCCGAAGGCCCCAUCAAGGAGGUCGACAUCAACAAGGUUCCCACAAAGCCGUCUCCGCUGGUCGAAGGCUUCGAAUGGUCCGAGAUUGAUCUGCUGGACGCCGCUCAGUUGCAAGAGGUUCAGGACCUGCUCUGCAACCACUAUGUCGAGGAUGACGAGGCCAUGUUCCGCUUCAACUACCUCAACGAGACUCUCAACUGGGCACUCAAGGCUCCUGGCUGGCGCAAGUCAUGGCACGUUGGUGUCCGCGCUACCAAGUCUCGCAAGCUGGUAGCCUUCAUCUCAGGUGUCCCCGUACGUCUCAAUGUUCGUGACCGCCUUGUGAAUACUGCCGAGAUCAACUUCCUGUGUAUCCACAAGAAGCUCCGUAGCAAGCGUCUUGCUCCUGUCCUCAUCAUGGAAAUCACCCGUCGCUGCAACCUCGAGGGCAUCUUCCAGGCCAUUUACACUGCCGGUGUCGUUCUGCCCAAGCCCGUUGCCAGCUGUCGCUACUUCCACCGUGCUCUUGACUGGGAGAAGCUCUAUAAUGUCGGUUUCAGUCCUCUUCCUCACGGCAGCACAAAGAUCCGCCAAAUCGCCAAGUACCGUCUACCGGAACGUACUGUCACUCCUGGUCUACGCUUGAUGCGUGCUGAAGACGCCGACCAAGUGACGGACCUGCUCGCACGCUACAUGAAGCGUGUCAAGAUGGCUCAAGAGUUCAACAAGGAAGAAGUACUGCACUGGUUCGUGGAUAACGAGACCGACCCCAAGAGCGCUAAGCGUGUCGUCUGGACCUAUGUCGUUGAAGAUGCCGACAAGAAGAUCACCGACUUCUUCAGCUUCUACUGCCUCGAGAGCUCCGUCAUCCACAACGCCAGCCACUCGAGCACAAUCCGCGCUGCCUAUCUCUUCUACUACGCCUCGGAAAGCGCCUUUGAGCAACAGAGCGAAGAUGACGAUGUUCUCAAGACUCGUUUGAACUUGCUGGUCAAGGAUGCUCUGAUUCUCGCCAAACAGGCUAAGUUCGACGUCUUCAACGCUCUGACACUCCUCGACAACCCUCUCUUCCUCUCCGACCAAAAGUUCGGUCCCGGAGAUGGUCAACUCCACUACUACCUCUUCAACUACCGCACCGCAGACUUGCCUUCUGGUGUCGACUCCAGGAACGUCGUCGAUGCUAGUCAGCGCGGUGGUGUCGGUGUUGUUAUGCUGUAG